AUCAAAGUGUGGCAUUUUGAUAGAGAUCUGGAAAGACUCGUGCCCGCAUCACACAGCGAUGUGACAACUAUUUCACAUUGGAUGCUGGGAUGAGAUGAAGAUGGCAAAGAAACGGCCGGGAAUGGCAACUCUUUUGUUGUUUACCACUAUUGUUAUAUGUGGUACAGUCAUAGGACAAGGGUCAGAGGGAACAGGUAGAAAUAAGGAUGAACAGAGAAAUGCUAUUCUUGCAGAAGUUCUUUCUAAAUUGAGUAAAUCUGGAUGGAAUUCAGAAAUGAGGCCCUCACACUCCACCAAAUCCCAGAAUGUGCCCCCUGUCAUGAGGAAUAUAAUGGGACGACUAAAGACACUGUUUCCACACACAAAAAUGCCUUCAUUGAACAAGCCAAUUGACCGUCACAGACUGUCUGGUUUUCUGUACAACAUUUCUCAGUACCUCCAGGAGAUGGGAGCUGAGUUGGAGGAGGCUCCAGCACAGUCUGAGGAGGAGCAGCUUUGGGAGAAAGUGCUGCACUUCUUUCUUCAGUCUGAGGGCAGUGCUGCAACAAACCAGUGGAAUGGACGGGUACCACCAAGACCCAGCUUCACUGUGCAGGACUGGUUUCUGUCUUUGAGGGGCAGUCAGCACUGGGACUGGUUUUUGGGUCUUCUACAAAGUCUAAUCACACUUUCAGAAAAGCAAACUUAUAAACCACUGUUCACUGUCAUAUCCCAGAAUUGGAAAACAGUGAGUGCUGUGUUGGAGGCAGCUCUCCAAGCUAUAGUCAGUGGGACAUAUGGUCAGGCCAGUGCUGGUUUGCAGGGCUUCAUUUGUGCUCUUAAAGGUCAAAGUGACUGCACCUACAGUGUGAACUGGCUGCAGCAACUUCUUCGCUUUUUAGAAACCAGGAACUGGAAGCCUGUAGUUAGUUUACACCCUCCAACUGAGCCCAUGGAGCAGAACAGGGGCUCUGCUGGAAUUGGACGUUUAAAGCCUUUCAGCUUACCUCCUGAGGCCAUGAGACAGGACAGCCUUAACAUGAGCACAUCUUUAGCGUACAUGAACACUACAGAAGAGCAUAGUGCCUCCAUGCAGAGCUUUCUCCUGCAGGCCUUGUCCCGCUCUAGUGGAAGUGGAGAGAGGGGGACCCCAUCUGCUCAGAAGAAUCUUGCUCUUGUUCAAAGUCUAGACGGGCUGAGGAGGGGCCUGCUGCAUAGAGUUGGCAGCUCGGUCUACAGUAACCUGAGGAGGAAAGUGUCACGAGUUACCAUGGCAAUGCUGGAUGAUGUGGAAGGGUUAGUAGAUGUGCCACAGCCCGACACAGAGGGACGCUGCUCUGUCGGUGACCUGAGGCAGUUGAUUUUAUGGGGCAUUAGACACAAUCUGACAUGGAAUACCCAGGCUUUGGGCUUCAACUCUCAUAGUCUCCCAACUACACGUCCUCUUUUGUCCUGCCCGUCUAUGAAGCUGAAUGAACAGCAGAUCAGUGCAAAUUCCAAAGCAGCCUCAUUGUUACAGAAAAGGCACCGAAAGCACGACAAUCUGUUUUCCUUGUCUUUUAAAUCCAACUUGAACUCUACUCAGAGAGCCAAUGAUCAGCUCAGAGACACUGACUACUUCAGCACCACAGAAAUCCUGGAAGCAGCCUGCAAUGAGUCCAUUCCCGGGCUGACAGGGGUCUCGAACUUCACUGUGUUCCUCUAUUGUAAACUGUUUGAAGGUGAGAAUGGGUCUGUAGAUGGUGCAGUGGCCCACAUGGGGCUUGACUUGCCCUCCACAUGUUCUGAUGCUGCGUGGUACCUAGCAGCUGCUGAGGAGGAUUUCCUGUGGGUUCACAUUUGCAGUGAAUUUUUUGCAAGUGAAUUUAAUAACACUGUAUGUGCCAACUCAUCUUUCUGGCUCCAAAAAGUACAUGAGGCUACAGCGACAAAGGACUAUAACUUUUUUAACUACUCCAGUAUUGAUGACCUCUGUGUACAAAUGUUGGGUGAAUCUACAGUAAAUGCUGCCCUUAGUGAGGACUGUCUGGCUCUGUUGGGAAGCAUGUCUCUUAACGCUGAAGCUUUCAGACAUUGUUUUCUGCCCAAUAGCUCUGUUCUCAUCUCAGCUUUGUGUGGGAAAGCCCCCCCUGACUCCCCACACUUCCUGCCAGAGGGCAGCUGGGCUGCUGCAUACUGCUCAAAAAUACAUAAUUCCUCCCCUAUUGACACCUCAGAGAAUAUGUGUCACUACAGACAGUGGGCAGUCCAUAAUUUUCUCAACAGUACUCUCCUGGAGCAUUGUGCUCACAUACACGGACUGAAAGAGUACAUUUGUCAAAACACCUCACUCCUGCAACAGCUGGUGGGGUCAGUGCCACCGUUUUUGGAUUUGUGUGCCAAUUUUCAGGCAGAACUUGAGGGUAGGAAGUGCUUCCUUCAGAGGUUUUUUGAAAUGCUGCCAGCACCCUAUGAAUUUGACAGCGCUCAACUCUGUGUGAAUCCAGCUCCUUUGAUGAUAGAAAUGGCACACAAGCUGAGCAUGUGUGAGAUUGAAGGAGGGGAGCGAGAAGGUUUUCUGGUGGUACUAGGCUAUGUGCUGCGGCUCCUGGACUUCAUUGUGGGUCUCUCGUCAGGUUUAGAGGAAGGUGAAAGAGAAGCACGGCAAGGUUUAGGCCAGGCCAUCCUCCUUUCUAGUCUUCUUGACAAUGCCUCCUGGUCCAGUGUGCAGCCUGAGGCCAGCACAAGUGUCCUUCAGACUGUGGGGGUCUUUUUACUUAGAGAGAAGAACACCACUCUGAAAGAGGACUUGCUAAGCUGCUUUAGUCCUGUGUUAUGGGACCUCAUUCAGCAGGACAACAACUCAACAGCGCUCAGGGUGCUGAUGCAGGAGUAUCUUAGACUGCCAAGAAGCAGCAUACGUAGCCUUGUGAUGUCUGCUGAAAAAGAUGCUGUUAAAAGAUUCAUCUCUCAUAUGCAUCAAAGCUGGGAUCAGUUACAAGUCCAUACAAGCAAGGUUUCUCAAACAGAGUUGCAAGCAAUGGAAACAAUGACAGCGGCAUUCCUCCAUAAGUUCCCCAGAGUGACUCCUGAGUUGUUCAUUGACCUAUCCCAGUUCAUUCCCUUCAUGUCUGUCUCUGAUAUCAUGAACUUCCCAACAUCCCUUGUGGUCAACGACAGUGUUUUGACAGCUAUUCGGGAUCAUAGUUCAGGGAUGAGAUCUCUGCAAAAGAAAGCCUUUGUGAAUCGAAUUCUUCAGUCUUCUGUUGUGGGGGAUGUUCAAACAUGGCCCCCUUAUUUUCUUGCUUCUAUCCUCCCGUUCCUGCCUUACCUCCCUGUCAGUCAUUUUCAGCAACUUACAUCACAACAGCUUACCCCUUUAGCUGAGUUGCUAGGCAACAGCAGUCUGGAUGGAGUGAGGGGGCGUCAUGUGCUUAGGACCCUUUUUACCAAAAAGAAGAAUCUGACGGGAGACAACAUAAUGAGGCUGGGCAUCCUUGCCUGUUAUUUGGACCCCUUUGAGCUCCAUUCAUUUUUCCAGGACCCAGCUGUGGCCUCCGCUCUUUGGCAGCUGCUGGCAGAGUGCAUGUCCAAGGGCUUGAUCAGUAACAAGGGCAGACUGUCCUCAUGGCUUGUACCAGCAGUUCAGAGUCUAAACGUCAGCAGCAUGGCUCUGCAGGAUCUGUUUGCUCUCAGUGGGGUUCUGCCUGAGCUGGGCGCUUCAUUUCUGUUGUCACUGCCCUCAGAGGAGCUUAUAGAUGUCCUCUCGCAACCUGGAAUUCCACAGUUUUCCCCAGCGCAGGCUUUCCAAAUAUUAUCCAAGAUUUCAAAUGAAACCAUUCUCACCAUGGACAAACUGUGCAGAUUGAAAGCAUUACACUCUGGGCUGUCCCCUACUGUGCUCCGAGACCUCCAGUGGAACAACAUUAGUCAGUCUAUGCCCUGUCAAUGCUGGAGCAGCUUAUUCUCUGAGCUAAAGCCAGGACAAAAAGCCAUGCUAUUUUACGCAAUGCAAGAGGCACUGCAGAGUGAAUUGUGGAGUUUUAUUGAGCAAGCACAUUGUCUUUUACCGUUUGUUCCUUUGAAAAAGUUAAUACUAGACUUGAAAAACAACAUUCUCCUGAACAAUAUAAGCCUGUUAAGAGAAAUACCCUGGUCACCUCAGCAGGCUCAAUUUUUGAUUAAGAAGAUUUUUCAGUGGCAAAAUACUACCAGUACCAUUGUGAGAGAUCUAGGACUUAUGGCUGGUGGAGUAAGUUGUAACUUGCUAGAACAUUGGAUCAAUGACACAGAAGUGGACAUUCUAGACUUUCUUACUGAUCUUCCUGGAGAUAUGAGACCAGCUCUUAGAAAAUGUAUUGUAGAUGAGCUGAGGAGGCAUCCUGACAUUAACCUGGACGUUCUGAGCUUAGGGUUUUCAUUAACAUUACCAGUGACAAUGGUAGAGAAGCUAUCCAAUGAGUCCUUCAUAAAUCUUCUUGGCUACAUUCAAACACACUUUUCUGACUUCCUCAAGCUCCCACAUUACAAACAAAUACAUAUCACUGAGAGGGCAGUCACUGAACUGGACGAUGUAGGUGAGAUUGGCAGCUCUGCUCUGGACUUCUUGGGGCCCUUGCUGCCUUUCUUAGACAGGGACAGUCUGGAGCUUGUGGACAGAGGAGCUCUUGCACUGAGGCUGGAGGAGAUGAGAAACUUCUGCCUUCCCAAAGAGGCACUGAAAGACAUAAGCGCUCUACUCACAAAGAAAGACCUGCUGGGAGAACCAUCUAAGUGGCAUGUGAAGGAUCUGGAACAUUUGGGCCGUUUGGUGUUUUCAUUGUCCCCAAAGCAGAUUAACAGCAUUCCACUGGCCGUGUUGACUAAAGACACAGUAGAGCAGGUACUGGUGGGUCAGAAACUCUGGGAGGACAGUGCAAUUGGACGCAUGUGUGUGCUGCAGUGUGUGGACCAGGAGAGCCAGAGGAAACGAACGGAGAGUCUCCUCCGGGGCAUUAUAAAACCACGCAACAGAAGGGCAAAAGUGCCAGUCCCAAGCUGUGCUGAUAUCAAAGGAACAUUCCCGUCAGCAUGGACCCCACUGCAGCUGAACCGAAUGUCUCAGGAGAGUCUGAAACGGUGCGUUGAGGUUUUUGGACAAGACUCUUCGCUGAGUUAUGAACAACGGCGCACACUUUGGAAGAAACUUAAAAAGUCUUUUAGUCCAGUGCGAAUGCUGCAUGAGGACCAGGUUCUGUCUCUUGGUGCCAUUGUGACUGAAAUGGGUGAAAGAGAGCUACAGGACACAGAUCUGUCAGACCCUGGGGUUCUGGCACAUCUGGGAACACUCACUGAAUGGAGCAAUAAAAAGAUGAGAGCGGUAAUAAUAAGUGUGAUGCGUAAACGAAAGCAGAAAAUAGAGCAAUUAACUGCUCUGGAUUUGGCAACAUUUGGCCACCUGAUCUGCGGCCUGUACCCUUCAGAGAUAAAAAGACUGAGUCCCGACAGCCUGAGUAUGGCGGUGCUGUUCCUACGAGAGAUGUCUCUGCCAUGCACUGAGCACCAACUGGAAGCUCUGACUGGCUGCUUGUCCAGACCAGGGGCCUUUGGUCCAGUCAGUACCUGGGGAUCAGAGGUGUUCACAGAGAUUGGGACAUUGGCAGCGGGCCUAGAGGAUAUAGUGCUGUCUGCUUUAGUGGAGGAACAGAUCCAGGGAAUCACUGCUGAAGCUAUCCGUCUAAUGUCUCCAGAGAAGUUUUCAGUGGUGUUCAGUGCAGUACAGUUGUCCUGGCUCAGCACAGAGCAGGCGUGGGCAGUGACUGAAGAGCAGUGGGCAGAGCUGGACCUCGAACAGAGGCAUGCAGUAGGACUCACUCAAUAUGAAGGAGACAUCCUGCUUGAGCAGAGAGGAAGGAACUCGGCUCCAUCUGCUGUAAACAUGAAUAGCUUUGCUGUCUGCUCACUGGCCCUGUGCCUUUUAUUAUGGCAAAUGAUUUAAAAUUAUGCAACAAAUUGUUCCCUGAUUUUCGUAGUAUUAUAUUUGUACUGCAAAUAAAUAUUUGAACUUCUUCA